AAGUCUGAAAGGCCAAGUCAAAUAUUUAUUUUCGUGGGCUUGGUGCGAAGGAUUAUUAGAGGGUAUGAUUUGAAGUACAGAAUACAUGGAGAUUCCAAGAUGACAUCGUUAAGGAAAUAUCUGACUUUAAACUCUGGAAGGAGAAUACCAACUGUCGGGUUGGGGACUUUCUUGAUGAAAAAUGAUGUCUUGAGAGAGGCCUUGGAUUAUGCUUUAUAUAUUGGUUAUCGGCACAUUGAUACAGCGCUAUCUUACGGCAACGAGGUUGAGAUCGGCGACGUGGUAGCAUCCCGAAUUAAAGAUGGAACCGUAAAGCGUGCAGAUUUGUUUAUAACUACGAAAAUUCCGCCAAUAUAUUUAGAUUAUCAGGAUUGUUUGCAAAGUGCAGAAAAAUCAUUGGAUAAUUUAAAAUUAAAAUAUGUGGACAUGUUGUUGAUUCACCAUCCGUGCGGUAAUCCAAACAGAGGAGAUGGAAACUUUAAACCCUUGGAUGAAAAUGGAGAAAGGGAAAUAGUCAGCUAUGAUAUUUUGCGGACCUGGAAAGCCAUGGAGAAACUGGUUGGAGAAAAUCAAACUGUGCAUAUCGGAUUGUCAAAUUGUCAACCCACUGUUAUCAAUAAAAUAUGGAAAGCCGCGAAAAUCAAACCUUCAAAUUUGCAACUCGAAUGCCACGCUUAUUUACAACAGAAGGAAUUGGGAAAACUUUGUACGGAGAGGGGAAUAAUAAUGACGUCAUAUGGAGCACUCGGUGCUAUCACGAGACCCAAUCAAAGCGGAAAUAAACCUGUUUUAUUGGAUGAUCUGGUAAUAAAAGAAAUAGCGAGUCGGAUAAACAGGACACCAGGCGAAGUUCUACUAAAUUAUGUAGCCCAGUUGAAUCGAGGCAUUCUGCCAAAAAGUCAAACUAAAAUUCGAUUGAAACAGAAUAUAGAAGUAUUAGAUUGGUGCUUAUCAAAAGAAGACAUCAAACUUAUUCAAACCUUGGAUAGAAAUGUGAAAUAUUUUGAUUUCCCAUGGGCUAAAAAUCAUCCGGAUUAUGUUCCCAACCAACCAUUUUAACACAACGAGUCGUCUGUUACCUUAACCAAGUUGAACAGAAUCGACUUGACAUUCGAGUGUACCCGAUAGUGGUUAGAAUUAAAGGAGCAAAGUCUUUAAUAUUUUGCACCUAGAAAUGGAAACAAAUAGGUCGCAACGCAUAUAUAUAAAUAUAAUAAUGUAAUACGAAUGUAUAUAAACUGAUUUUAAUUCAA